GCCAGCAUACGGAAGUGUAAUUGGUGACAGGUGGGAAUGUUUGAGUUGGGAGAGCUGUAGUUUUAACUUUGUUUAGGAGGUUACUGUUUAUAGUAGUAUGCGGGCUGUUAAUAUGUUGAGGUGGUUUAAAUGCGAUGCAGUGUCUUUGUUUGUGGUGUUUCCGGGGUUACGCUGUCGUUUUUGGUCUUCAGGUACUGACUCCAUGCAUGAGAGACAGAAACAGCUCAUGGCUCGAGGACUUCCAAAGCAGAAGCCCAUCGCAGGUGUGAAGAAGGUGAUUGUUGUGGCAUCUGGCAAGGGAGGUGUUGGGAAGUCAACAACAGCAGUGAAUUUGGCACUUGCUUUGUCAGUAAAUGAUACGACAAAAACAGUUGGAUUGCUUGAUGCUGAUAUUUAUGGACCUUCCAUUCCCAGAAUGAUGAAUUUGAAAGGAAAUCCAGAACUAACAGACAAAAACCUUAUGAGGCCUCUUCUGAACUAUGGUAUUGCUUGCAUGUCAAUGGGUUUUUUGGUGGAAGAGACAGCACCUGUUGUUUGGCGGGGAUUAAUGGUCAUGUCAGCCAUAGAAAAGCUGUUAAGACAGGUGGACUGGGGACAUUUGGAUUACUUGGUAAUAGACAUGCCACCAGGGACUGGAGACGUACAGCUAUCCAUUUCACAGAAUAUUCCAAUUUCAGGGGCAGUGAUAGUGUCUACACCACAGGACAUAGCUCUUUUGGAUGCGCACAAAGGAGCCGAGAUGUUCCGGAAGAUCAAUGUGCCUGUGUUGGGUCUUGUCCAGAAUAUGAGCGUGUUCCAGUGUCCCAAGUGUAAACACAAAACUCAUAUAUUUGGUUCUGACGGUACAAGAACCCUAGCAAAACACCUUGGACUAGAAGUGCUUGGAGAUGUUCCAUUGCACAUCAGAAUAAGGGAAACCUCAGAUCAAGGAACUCCAAUUGUAAUUGCAGAGGCAGAAAGUGAAGAGGCUCAAGCUUACGUAUCACUUGCUGCUGAAGUAGUGAAACGACUCUCAUCCUUUCCAGCAUGAGUACUAGGAGGGGAUAUGUUAUGAGAAGCAAUUACAUACAAAGACUGAUAAAUCAAUGAAUGGCAGUAAGCACAGUUACAUCACUGUCUCGAUUCAAGUAGGCAUGGCUCUCCAUCCUCUUUCAUAAAACAUAACGGGCAGAUGAGAUAUCAAUGAAAUAACUAAGGCCUGAAUGAUGAUCUUGAAGCUUUCUAAUUUACAGCAGUAGAACAUGUUUUAAAUGGUUUGUUGUAUUUAUUAAUUAUAAAGGCCUGUCACAAACUAGACCAUUAGAAAAGGACGCUGUACUCAGUACUUUGGUAGCUGUCAUUGCAGCACAUGCAGAUAUUUUGAUAAAUUCAGUGCUAAAAAGCAUUUUUGAAUUUACAGAUCAUAUUUAAACGUUGUGAAGUAUUUAUCCAUAUUGCAGUGCGUGAAACAGCAUCUAGUGUUUGACAUAAUUACCUUUAUGAUGAUUCUUAUGCUAUGUGAAGGCUGUUGUCUGAUAAUACUCUUGUAUUUUGGGUUGUGCACUCUUUUUGUUACUAUUCUGCUGGCCUUUUUAAAUUUCAGAGUUAUACUGUAUUCUUGACUGUGCAGAAUAUGAGAUUGUGUUAGCUAAUAUUACAUCUCCUUCCUGUAUGUAUUAAUUGAGGUUAUAAAGAAAGUUCAAAGGCAAACCUGUUUUCUAUUUACCUUUAAAGUCUUGAGAAGCAUUUUUGCUUCUUGGACUGCACUGUAUUUCCCUGACCAAAUCGCACAGGACUGUAAGUCGUUGUUGAGACAUUGCUCUUAGGUGUAUGGAUGUUAACCAGGCAUACCGUCCAGGACACUUAAUGAGCUCUUCCCAAAUUGCCAGUUGCCCCAAAACACUGUCUAGUAAAGUGACUUCCUCAAGGUCAUACAGUAUGCAAAUGAAGGCUGAGGAAUUUACUUCCUGUACCACAGGAUGUAGCUCAUUAACAGCUCGCAGGUUUUGUAGAAUUGGAUAGCUAGUGCUUCAUUUCUGGAGACUUUUUCCCCUGAAUAAACAUAGUAGCAUUCUGUUUUCUUUCACCCCUGCCAUUUCAUUGUGCUCUUGUCUGUCCACCUCAUGUGUGUUCAACAUAAGAUGCCUUUUUGCUUUACCUCAUUUCCCCUCUGUCCAUACCUCUCAAGUGUACCUCAUUACGAAGAACAUACCUCAUUUGGGGUCUUAAAAGUUCAUGUUCCUCGAAGUUCCUCAAAGUU